AUGCCACCCACAAUACAAACAGGUGAAGCAGAAAGGGAUAAACGGCCAACAAGGACCGGAGAGAGGAGGUCAGAGCUGCUAACUAAAGUGAAAUAUUGUAACACACUGCCUGACAUACCGUUUGACUUGAAAUUCAUAACGUACCCAUUUCCUUCGACGCGCUUCGUACAGUACAAUCCGACCUCUUUAGAGAAAAGCUAUCGCUAUGAAGUUCUCACAGAACAUGAUCUGGGAGUGCACAUAGAUUUGAUCAACCGAGAUAUAUACCAAGGAGAUGGUAAUGCACCAUUGGAUCCUGCAGACGAGAAGUUGCUUGAAGAUGAUGUCCUCACGCCCCAAGAUUCAAAGAGAUCCCGUCAUCAUGCCAAAAAUGUUUCAUGGUUACGUCGUUCAGAAUAUAUAUCUACGGAAGCUACUAGAUUUCAGCCUCAGUCCAUGGAAAAGGUGGAAGCCAAAGUGGGUUAUAAUGUUAAAAAGAUAUUUAGUGAAGAAACACUAUAUAUGGAUAGAGAAAGUCAAAUCAAAGCUAUUGAAAAGACAUUUGAAGACAACAAGAGACCUAUAGAGAAGCAUUACAGCAAACCUGGUGUGACCCCAGUGGAAGUAAUGCCAAUAUUUCCUGAUUUUGACAUGUGGAAAUAUCCCUGUGCUCAGGUUAUAUUUGAUUCAGAUCCAGCACCCGCUGACAAGAAUUUCUCAGGACAAAUGGAGGCCAUGUCACAAGCUAUGAUUAGAGGUGUGAUGGAUGAAAGUGGUGAACAGUUCGUGGCCUAUUGUCUUCCCACCGAGGAAACAAUACAGAAGCGACGUCGUGAUGUUAAUGAAAACAUACCAUACAUGGACGAGGACACCUAUGAGUAUAAAAUGGCUAGAGAAUACAACUGGAACGUUAAAAGCAAAGCCUCUAAAGGCUAUGAAGAGAAUUACUUUUUGGUGGUGCGUAAUCACUGUGUUUACUACAAUGAAUUGGAAACGAGAGUUCGUCUGUCGAAACGUCGAGCCCGCGCUGGAGCAGCUGCACAAGCCCCGACCAGGCUGGUGGUCACACAUCGUCCUCUCAGUAGCACCGAACAUCGUAUGCUGAGACUUAGAGAGAAGCAACUUGAGCCUCCACAAGAUGAAGACGAGGAGGAGGAGGAAGAAGAAGAUGAAGAAGAAAAGCAGGAACAGAGCGGCGAGAAGGAAAGGUCUCGUUCGCGAUCAAAAUCGGGUUCGAAGUCUCCUCGUGGCUCCGAGAAGUCCAAAGGCUCGGGAAGGUCCAGGUCGCCGUCACGCGAGAAGUCGAAGUCGCGUUCGAGGUCAAGGAGUCGUUCUCGGUCCGCUUCCGGCUCUAGGAACUCGAGAUCUCGUUCAGGAUCGGCACGUUCUCGUUCACCGAGAUCUGGUUCAGAGCGUUCUCGUUCGCGUUCAAAGUCUGGUUCGAGGGCGUCUUCAAGAGCCAGUUCCAAGAGCGGGGCGGGCUCUCGCGCCAGUUCCGCUUCGAGAGGAUCCCGUGCUACUUCUAAAGCUAGUGAUAAAGGUUCGAAAGCCAGCUCCCGGGCGUCAUCGCGGGCCAGCAAACGUUCCUCUCGCGCAUCGUCCCGGGCCUCGCGAGCUUCUUCGAGAGCUUCAGGUUCCAAAGCUUCAUCCAGAGCUAGCUCUAGAAGGAAUUCGGGAUCGGCGAGCGGCUCCGAAAAGUCUCGAAGUCGCUCGCGUAGUGGUUCGAAACAGGGUUCACGUAGUGGGUCAGCGUCGAGUGCAUCGUCAAGACAUAGUGGUUCUGACUGAAAGAAGAAUAUGUCGGAUAUACUUUAACAUUGACACGACCUUGUGUUUUAAACAUAUGUAAUUUAUCCCGAAUAAAAUAUCCAAAAAAUAACGGAAAUCCUUUUUUAUUUUAUUAGUAGU